AUUCCCUUUUUUAUUAAUAGAUGCUAAAGAGUUUGAAAUUUUGGGCCAAGCCCCCGGCCCCUUCAGCUACGCCACUGUAAACCGAAUCCCAUAUUAUUCAAUAGUCACCGUGGCUUUUCGGCUUUGGCUCUGACUUGAAAGCUAAGCAAUUAGUAAUUUACUACACUACACUACUCCGCACUCGUUAUCAAAUGGCUAAAGAUGACCACAAUCGAACUUCAAUUUACUGCAUAAAUUAAUUAACAUCGACAUUAACCAAUUCACACACGUAAUGACCAAAACACCAUCUUAUCAUAUCAUAAUAUUAGAUAAAUACAAAGGUCUAUUUGGUAAAUCAACAUCGUCAAUAGGUUAAAGAAACACCCUUUCACCGCUUCUUGAAACUUGAAAGCCAAGCUUAAAUAUUUCUUUUAGCGUAAGGCCACAGAAGUUCGUUCAAGAAACAGAAACGGAUCGUUUGCAAUGGCAAGCAAGAGCUCGUCGUCGCAUUCUUCAACUCGGGUCUGCCUUUGCUCUCCCACCAAUCACCCUGGGUCUUUCAGGUGCAGCCUCCAUAGGAAUUCGGAUAAAGUUUCAAGCAAAUCGGCGGCGACGCCCCAUGUUAAUAGACAGAGGGAGCGUCAGUCGAAGGCGGCGAUGAUGUUGAUGAUGUCUAAUGUAUCAUCGUCAUCGUCGAAAUCAAGCUUGAUCAAAGCCUUUCUGAUGCAGAUCAUUAGACCUUCUUCCACCCACAUCGAUCUUCAAAGGAGGCGCAAUUUCCACCCCAAACCUUCAAGGUUUAGUUCACUCAACACCUCUGCUAAUGGAGUGACGGUUUCUUGAUCAUCUUUUAGGUCUUCUUCAAUUCAGAAUUUUGAGUUGUUUUUGUAUAUAAGAGAUGCUCAAACUUUUAAACCGACAGGGAUUGUUCAGGGGAGCGGUGAAUUUCGGAUUUUUUUUUCUUUCUGUAGUUUUUUUUUUUUUUGCUUUCCGAUAUUAUAUAUUAAAAAUAUAUGUUUCUGCCU